AUGUCGGUAGAUUCCAGUCGCUUGCUGCGAUUCAGCGGGCAUGCCUACUUCCGGCAGCGUCUGAUUUUAGCCACAUUAUCUGGACGUCCUGUACGCAUUGACCAGAUUCGGCCAGACGAUGAAGAGCCAGGUCUGCGGGACUUUGAGGCCUCGUUUUUGCGCCUGCUGGAAAAAGUGACCAACGGUAGUGCUGUGGAGAUCAACUAUACUGGUACUUCAGUGUACUACCAGCCGGGCAUUGUGUUCGGCGGUACUGUGACGCAUGACUGUGGACUGAAGCGUGGCAUUGGCUACUUUUUGGAAUGGAUGGUGCUCUUAGCGCCGUUUGCCAAGCAGGAAAUGGCCCUAACGCUGCGUGGCAUCACUAGUGGGCAAGGCGAUAUGGGCGCAGAUACCAUUCGUACAGUGACUCUACCUCACUUGGCGCUCUUCCUACCACUGGAUACCGUAUCUAUGCUCGCAUCCGCUAUGGAAAUGCGAAUCGUGAAACGUGGUGCUGCGCCGCUGGGCGGUGGUGAAGUGUUCUUCCGGGCGCCGCUGGUCGCUACUUUGCGUCCGUUGAACUUUGUGGAGCCGGGUCGUAUUCGCAAGAUCCGUGGCAUUGCGAGCGCUGUUCGUGUAAACCCGCAAAUGAGCAAUCGUAUGAUCGAUGCAGCACGAAGUGUGUUGAAUCGCUACAUUCCUGACUUGUACCUAUUCUCUGAUGUAUACCGAGGUGAUGAGUCGGGUAAGUCGCCCGGGUUUGCUAUGUCCCUGGUCGCUACGUCGACCACGGGCGCACUGCAUGCCUCCGAAGCCACAUCGACGCCAGGCAAGACCCCAGAAGACGUGGGCUUGGAGGCGGCACGAAUGCUCCUCCAAGGGAUCGAGGGGUCUGGCUGUGUCGAUGCAAGUCAUCAGCCUAUGGUCCUGCUCCUUAUGGCCUUGGGCCCGGAAGAUGUAGCCAAGUGCCGUAUGAGCGCCCUUACGCCUGCUGCCAUUCAGUGCCUCCGCGAUAUCCGAGAUACCUUGGGCGUUGUGUUUAAACUACGACGUGUUGACGAAAGUGACAAUGUCCUUGUGUCUUGCGUGGGCGUGGGAUUCCGCGGGUACCGCAAAGUGAACUGA